AUGCAAAAUAACGAUUCAUUGCGAUCCCAUAAGGACUUUGUGCAGUUUGUGCAUGUUGGCAAGUGCGCAGGCAGCUCAAUUGGUAUGGCCAUCUACAAGAACACCCCUUACCAUGAGAUUCACAUUCGGCAGGUCGACAAUUGCCGCGCAGACCAGCAACGCAUGUGGAUUGUUGCUGUUCGAGACCCGCUUGCUCGUGUUGUAUCUGCUUUCAAUUGGAGGAACCCCCUAAACGGAGAUUCGCCGCACGGGGAGGCAGGGUUCCUGCAAGAUAAGCAAGAGCAGGCGUUCUAUCGAUGCUUCCGAGAAGUCAACGACUUUGCGGAGUCGUUGCAGGACCAGAGCCAUUGCGGUAGCAUUGCCCGCCGAGCGCUUGAGAAGCCAAUACUGUCUGAGCACGUUGGGAAAGGCUUUCGCUGGUAUUUUGAACACGAUCUCGACUGCGUUCUCGCACAAGAGGUGUAUUUGAUUCGUUCCGAGACGAUUUCUCACGACCUUAAGGACGUGUUUGGGCGUCUGGGGUGGGCGGCACCCGCCGAAAUUCCGCAUGACAAGGGUCAGUACCCCUUCCAGCACAAAACCUACCUCAGUGCCAAGGGGAAGCACCUCCUGCAGAGCGCGUUGAAGGAUGAUUAUGAGGUCGUGCGGGCUUUAGAGCGCGCUGCUAAAAACGGCAGGCGUUAG